AUGGCCAGCAGUGGUCGUGGAGAAGAGACGGGUGUCGCCGAGUCUUUGCCGAAACUGCGCGAAGAUGCGGUCGGCUGGUUCCUCAUGUCGGAGGGAAGAGCACGAAACGUGCUGCUCAUCUCAACCCGACUAACAAAUAUUGUCAUCGAAAAAUGGCAACUGGCUCCUAUUGGUGCGCCCGUGCCACUGACGCGGCUGUACACCGACAGCCUUCGCGACCAAAAACCAAACUACCCUCCACUGGCUUUACAGCCAAGAUCUAUGCAGCAGGCAUACUCAGCACAAGAGAUCUAUAUUGCGCAGAACCAGGUGGAAGGGGGCCCGUUGAUCCUCCCGUUCUCUGCAGUCCAUGAUCGACAAGCGGUCGGAGCGGAGCGAGACCUUGCUCUUCCAGAUCAACACCUUGCUGCGUUCUCCUUCCUCUUAUGUUGA